AUGGACGACUUCUCAGCCUCGCCGCCCAGCUUGGCCACGAUCGCCUCGUCCAGGGACAGCAGCUGCGCGGACGACGCUGCGCCGAGCGGCAAUUUGCUUGGCCGCGCGGGCACCGUCCGGGGCGAGAAGUCGCUCCGUGAGUGGACCCUCUCGCGCGGCGAUCUGGUGCACGCGGCGUCGAUGCGCCUCGGAGCACACGAGCCGCUCAUCGGGCCGCUGCGCGCCUUCUUCGAGGCCAAGGCGCCGCCGCGCCGCCGCAAUUGCCGCACUGCCGAGCACGCGGCCACUGGCACCAUCGCGGCAGAGGACGUCACGGUGGCCCUCAAGGAGCUUGGCCUCUCUCGGGGCCUCCCCGACGAGGCUGGCAUCCCCCUGCGCGGCGGCCGCGGCGACCCAGCACCCCCGCGGGUCAGCUUCCGCGAUUUUGUCGCCGAAGCUCGGAUUCUGUACGGCUUGCGCGACGACGACGCGCCAAAGGCGGCGCAGCCCUUGUCUGCGCCGGGCCCAUGCCGCGUGCGCUCUGGCCGUGCGCGCUCGAGCAGCGACGUGCUUGGGCUCUGA